AUGCCGGCUCUGUCAGGAAGCACUAAGAAAGUCUCGGUCUACGGCCGCAAGGCUGAGGUGCGAGUCGUCAACCGUCACAGCACCUUCACCUCGCUCGAAACCGACGAAAACGACCCUUUCGGCUUUUUCAAGGCGCAACCUAAGCCAAAAUCAACGUAUGGACGUUCAAGAGCGUCGCUUUUCCCGGCCAACAUCCUGGAAGACAGCCCGGCGAAAGAUGCAGCCAGCAGCGACGACAGCCUCGAUGGUGCUGCAAGCAUGGACAAGAGCGCACAGUACGACACGGCCAACUCCAACCUCUCAUUCCACUCGGCUCGAAGCGACUCGUUCGCCUCACCUCCUGCGAAGGAGAGCAAAGCAUCCAGACCUACCGUCCUUACUACCACCUCGCUCAACAUCGCAUCGCCGCAAAAAGCGUCGAAGAAAAAGUCAACAAGCAGAUCCAACAAGGCGGCUGCAGCUCGAUCCGAGCCAGUCGAGACCGUCAUCAGCACCCCAAAAGCACGCGCUGCACCUGCCAAGAGAGUUGCCCAUGAGUCACCCGCGACAUUACGAGCCCUCACCCAGCCGACAGGCAAAUCAUCCCACGCUUUGCCGACUGAAUCGACCCCGCCGUCCAUCCUUUCCAAUGGCCGCGCACCACGACGUGCAGCUCAAGCAGCACGUGUCGCCAUCGAGGACUACGACUUCACCGAUCGAGACAUGACGCCUCGUCGGCCCGUCCCCACAAAGUCUUACUUUGCAGAAAAAGCGCGCCAACUCGCCGAACUUGCCUCCGAUCAACAGCAGGAAAAGCAGCGCGUCAAGGAUGCAUCGAGCGCCAAAGCCAAGUCGCGCAAGUCGAUGGCUGCGCGGCCAAGGUACACCACAGUCUCGCGAGUAGCUCUACCAUCGAGUACCGCCGACUCGGCAUCGUCCGAUGCGAGCUCCACUCAGACUAGCUUCAGCCUCGUCAUUCCUAGGAUUGACGAAAUGCCCGAGCAGGAGCUCAGCACAACUCUGCUUACCAAGGCCAAGGCCAAACGCAAGCAGAACAAACACGUCACCCGACGAAUUGCCGACUUGAGCGACGACGAGGCGGAAGCAUGCGCCGCAGGAUCCGAUGACGAUGAUGAAGCCGACGUUGCCGCAAGCCUUGUCGCACAGAUUUCGGGUCUGACCGUAACGGAUCAGCAGGGCGCCUCCGAACAAGAUGCUUACCUGCGCGCGCUUCUUGCUGCCGUCUCGCAGACUGCGCCCGAGCCCUUCGCCAAAACAAUCCAGCAGCUACGAUCCACGCCUUCGGCCAAGGGCAGACGGCGCCUGGAAAAGAUCGGCGAGGCGAGCUACAGCGAAGUGUUCAAGAUCUUCCCUGCGGCGCGCUCGGCCACGACGGACAGCGGAGCACACGAAGCGCUGGUGAUCAAGAUCAUCCCGAUUGCCAAUCCAGCCUCGGCGGGAGGCGCAAGCGACGACGAGCUGCCGUACAUGUCGGCUGCAGCGGAUGUGGAGCGCGAGGUUCGCCUCAUGCAGUUGAUUGGCCGUGAAGCCGCGAGCGCGGGCGCAUUUGUCUCGCUGCAGGCCGCGCAUGUGGUCAAGGGGAGCUACCCGGCGCCGUUGCUGCAGGCGUGGGAUCGAUGGGAUGCCAAGCGCCGUGCCAAGACGGGAGAGGGUGCAGAGAACAUCCGACCCGACGCUCUGGGUGGCUCGCACGCUUACGCCGUCCUCGUCAUGACCGACGGCGGCGUCGACCUCGAAAGCCUGCGCGUCCAGAGCUGGCUCCAGGCCGCCUCGAUCUUUUGGCAGGUUUCGGCAGGCUUGGCCGAGAUGGAAGCAAGGUACGAGUUCGAGCACCGAGAUCUGCACUGGGGCAACAUCCUUGUGCAGAACGCAUCGACCAGCGAUGCCCCCGCCACCACCAGCGCGUCCGAAUGGCUGUUGAAUCCGCACACCUCGGGAGUGAAAGCGACCAUUAUCGAUUUCACUCUUUCGCGCGCCACCACCGCUGCAAGCAAAGCCCGCACGAGCAAAGCCGAAGUGCUCUUCCAUCCCUUUGACGACGAGACGCUUUUCGAGGGCUCGGGCGAUACGCAAUUCGACGUGUACCGCGAGAUGAGUCUUGCUACGUUCGGGCAGUGGCACACGCACUGCCCCGCCACCAACAUGCUCUGGCUGCGCUAUCUUGCGCACAAGCUCGUCGACGUCAAGUGCAAGUCGUGCAAGAUCCUCGCGCAACCCGAUGACGAGAACGGAGCCGCGAUGCGCGAGUGGCGGGCGCAUCAGAUUCUCGUCAACGCAACGGAGCAACUGGAUCGAGCGGCACAAGACAUGCUGGCCAGCCAUGAGGCUCCGCGUACAACGGGGCGCAGAAAGUCGCUCCACCCCCGCGCCACCGCGGCUGCACCACGCAAGGGCAGGGCAACCACACGUGUCAUCCCGCUCACCAAAGAGACGAACGAGACAACACCGAUCGUGCGCUCAGCAACACAGCUCAUGCUCGCGCUCGCACUGUGA